AGCGCUGCUCCCGCCCCGCCCCGCGCCGUUCCGUGCCGAGCUCCGCGCACCGCCCAGCUCAGCCCGGCCCCGUCCCGGCGGCAAUUCCUGCUGCGCCACAGCCAUGGCGGCGCUGACGGUGAAAGCCUACCUGCUGGGCAAGGAGGAGGCGGCCCGCGAGAUCCGCCGCUUCUCCCUGCCGCCCCCCGUCCGCUACCAGGCCGUCUGCGAGCGGGUGGCCGAGCUCUUCCAGGGCCUGCUGCGGGCCGGGUCGCCGCCGGCCUUCCGGCUGCACUACCGGGAUGAGGACGGGGACCUGAUCGCCUUCUCCAGCGACGAGGAGCUGGAGCUGGCCAUGCCCUACGUGCGGGACGGCGUCUUUCGUGUGUACAUCAAAGAGAAAAAGGAGUGCAGACGGGAGCAUCGCUCACAGUGCAGCCAGGAGCCUCCCCGUGACAUGGUGCACCCCAAUGUCAUCUGUGAUGGCUGCGAAGGGCCGGUGGUGGGUGCUAGAUUCAAGUGCACCGUCUGUCCAGACUAUGACCUGUGCAGCACCUGUGAGGGUAAAGGCAUCCAUAAGGAGCACAACAUGGUGAUGUUUCAAAGUCCGCUGCUAAAUCCGUUUGAGUGGCUUCCCCGAGGACGCUGGCUCCGUAAAAUGCGGCAUGGUGUUCCACCCUUCCCGUGGAUGCACUGCUGGGGGUAUCCUGGCCCUGCAGGUCCAUGCCAAAACUCUGAACGAGCCCAGGCCAGUGCUGCUGCCUCCAGUCCACCUGCUGCGGAAGAAGCUUCUACUAACAGCCCACCACAGGACCCCAACGUCACCUUCUUAAAGAAUGUUGGGGAGAGUGUUGCAGCUUUUCUGAGCCCUAUGGGUAUUGAAGUUGAUAUUGAUGUGGAACAUGGAGGACAGAGAAGCAAAGUGACUCCUGUUUCUCCCAAUCUGGAGAAGAACAAUGCUGAGUCGAGCAGUGGUACUCUUGACCAGAACACUCAGACCAAACCAUACUGGAAUAGCACAGAUUCUGUUACAGUAGUAAAUACGGUUGCAGAGCAGAUACAAGACAUGGUGAUAGAUCCUGUGCCCACACAAAUGGAAGAUGGCAGCUUCCAGACCCAGGAACACAGUGAGUCUAGCAGUUCAUCAGGGGGUGAUGAGGACUGGACCCACUUGUCUUCCAAAGAAGUGGAUCCUUCCACAGGUGAACUGCAGUCUCUGCAAAUGCCAGAGACAGAAGGUCCCAGCUCCCUGGAUGUAUCCCAAGAUCCUCCACAGCCAGGACCUACAGGACUGCGAGAGGCUGCACUCUACCCACAUCUCCCACCAGAAGCAGAUCCUCGCUUGAUUGAAUCUCUGUCCCAGAUGCUCUCUAUGGGUUUCUCUGAUGAGGGUGGAUGGCUCACUCGACUUCUGCAGACAAAGAACUGUGACAUCGGGGCAGCACUAGAUGCCAUCCAGUAUUCCAAGCAGCCUCCUCAUGUGUAGUAGUCUAUGCAUCAAAAAGCACUUUCCUUCUCACUGAAACAAGACAAGGCCAUACAACUAACUCUAGCGAUACACCUUCCUUCCUGCUAAGGCUUUGUUUCAUGUUCUUAUCAUGUUCUUAAGUGACUGUAGAGUAGAGGAAAAAUAAACACUACUUCCAGGCUUUCA